UGUCAAAACAAUUGAGGAAAAUCUCGAAACUGGUAAACGUUCUGCAAAUUCCUCUUGUUUGGUGUUUUUGGCCAUUUGUGGUUGCCUAAAUUCGGAAAAGUUCGAAAAAGUGUGGCCCACAUUUAUUAAAAAUGCCGGCUUAUCAUUCUCAAAUAAAAGAUUACUCGCAAUCGGUGGGCAAUAUGGCCAUAUUACCCAUUCGAACUCAAGCCCGGGGGCCGGCUCCGGUAAACGCCAGCCUGGAGCAGGAUAUCAUCGAUGAAACGCUAUACUACUUUAAAGCCAAUGUGUUCUUCCGCACGUACGAGGUAAAGUCUGAGGUCGAUCGUGUGCUGAUCUACAUCACCCUCUACGUUACGGAGUGUCUGAAGAAGUUGCAGCGAUGCUCCAACAAAAACCAGGGCCUACAGGAAAUGUACACGUUGGCCAUUUCUCGCUUCGACAUUCCGGGCGAGGCGGGUUUCCCGCUGAACGCUGUGUACGCCAAACCCAGCUCGCCGACUGAGGCGGACCUCAUGCGACAGUAUUUGCAGCAGCUGCGCCAAGAAAUUGGCAUUCGUGUAUGCGAACGCGUAUUUUCCGGUGAAGAUGGAAAACCGAACAAAUGGUGGCUGUGCUUUGCCAAGAAGAAGUUCAUGGAUAAGUCUCUGUCCGGACCGGGCCAGUAGGGAACAUGUCGUGCAGUGAAAAAGAAAAGAAUUUUAUUCGUGUUUUUGCAUUUCUGUCCCGGAAACAUCCAUUCUUUUAAUUAAAAUAAAUUUUGUGUAAGUUACUA